ACAAGCAACUCUCUCUUGAACUCUCUCGAUCCCUCCGGCUUUUUCGACAAAAUGGACUCUGUUAUCGAGGUACAACGACAAACUCACGAGGAAAUUGAACACUUUGAGCGCGCUCUUUAUAGUGUACUCUCCAAGCCUCAACCUACACAUGAAAGUCGCCUUCAGACCGAACACAAAGCGGCUCAAAUACUAGACCGGAUAUCUUCUCGCGUAGUGGCAUUGAAUAACCUUUAUCAAGACGAGUCCACACGGAAAGCGGAGAUAGAGGCUAUCUCUGCUGCAGAUCCUGGCAACUUGACUGAGUUCUAUUCACGGCUGGGCAAGAUACAGGAACACUAUGCCAAGUAUCCGGAGUCGGUGAAUUUGGGCUUCGAACACGAGCUGACCGCAUUUAUGGACGAGUCUGUACCUCAGGAAGGGGAAGAGCAGUAUGAGGAGGAUGAUCCCAUUGCUCUACUAUUCUCUGGCGAAGAACAAUAUGGCAAAUAUCUUGACUUGUACGCCAACCAUAAUACCUAUAACAAUCUCAAGAACAUCGGCAAGCGUCUGGGUUAUUUGCAGUAUCUCGACGUUCUCCUCGCCGCUCAGUCUACAACAGUUCACUCAGAGCUGCCUAAGGAGUGUCGACUACAACGGGAUUAUGAACUGUACAUCACGGCAUUGCACGCGUAUCUCAUGUCAUUCACAAGGCGUGCUCAGCCACUUGUGGACGUUGAAUCACAGCAACGAGAAGCUGAGACCAUCUUCAGCAAACAAUGGGAAGCGGGCGAGAUCGAGGGAUGGAAUGAUAUAAAGCAGGAGAAACCCACUGAAAACGGAGAGAGCAUCUGGUGUGCUGCAUGUCAAAAGGCAUAUUCGAAACAGACGGUAUAUGAUGCCCAUUUGUCGUCAAAAAAGCACAUCAAGGCAACUGCGAAACAAGCAAGCUCAGACCAGCCUCCUUCAAACCCGAAUGGGCCUUCACCUCAUACACCCGUUGAAAAUGGCCACCCACAGCAACCAGCAAAGAACAAACACCGCACAGCCGCCCUCUUAACACACCUUACCACCAAACUGCUUGCAUCGUUAGCACCUGUUAUUAACGAGACAAAGUCCAACGUGGAGCGUCGCUUUUCACUAACGGCUCGUGAACGUGAGCAGGAAUUGUUGGAACAGUCGAAGCCGAAAGUUGCUCCCGCUCCCACCAACGCUUCCGGAGAGGGAGCAGAAGAGGAGGAAGAGGAAGAACGAAUAUACAAUCCUCUCAAAUUGCCACUCGGUUGGGAUGGCAAGCCAAUUCCUUACUGGCUGUAUAAGCUACAUGGGCUAGGUGUCGAGUAUCGUUGCGAGAUUUGCUCAGACCAUGUAUACAUGGGCAGGAAAAACUUCGACCGACAUUUCCAAGAAUCACGGCAUGCAUUCGGUAUGCGUGCACUUGGCCUUCCGAACACGAAGCAUUUCCAUGAGAUCACUAGGAUUGAAGACGCCCUUGCUCUCGCUGAGAAGCUGAAGCGUGAAGGUCGUAAUGAGAUCUUCGAACAAGAGACCAUGGAGGAGCUGGAGGACGAAGAGGGUAACGUUUACAACCGGAAGACAUACGAAGACCUGAAGAAACAGGGUCUCAUCUAGUUGUACUGUAUCCUUGGUCUACUGCUGUAUUCUUAUCCUUACUUUUCUUGGCCUCUACAUCCGAUAUAUAAUGUAUGGUCCUUAUCCUGGAGGAGAAUCUUUUGUUGAAGGUUUCCUGGUGCGAGGCGGCGGUGGAGGAGGAGGAGGUCGUCUUACCGCCUGUAGUGGUUGAGGCGCAAUAGGAGCCUGCAACGUUAAUGCUUGGUAGAGCUCUUCCUCUGACGAAGAGGGAGAAGAGGAAAUUGGUGAAUCGGUUGGUGAAUCGAAUGGGUUAUAUGGUGGGCUCUUGCUUGAGAUAUACGGCAGCUUCUCUGGGGGAAUAACUCCAUUUGGGUGAUCUGCAAAUUGUAAGUGAAUAUCUGGAUAUAUGAGGAGCACGCCAUUACAUACCAGGAA